AGAAGUGAUGCACUGUGAAGCUGUGGCAGAGAGAGAGAGACCCACACACACCGGAGGACCCACACACACCAUCCUCUGCGGGGAUAUUCCUUCACUCGCCCCGUGUCUUGAAGAGCAGCGACUACUUAUGGUGUUUGGUUUUUUUUAAUCUUGGCUCCAUUGCUCUGUUUUUCAUCGCCGGAUACAGGAAUAUUUAGGAUAAUUAGUGGCUGAUAUUCCAGAGUGCGAUCGAGGAUGACAUUCGGGCGAUUUGUUCUUCUUUAGAGACAGUUUGGGUCGGACACGGAGGACGCGCACUGCGCACAUGCCCCUGUUGGAUUACCGCACUCUCCUCUGUCUGAAGCUGUCAUCAUGAGACGUGCCUGUAAAUGAAUUUCACCUCCGCGUCCACUCGUCACAUGCCGCCGUCCCUCACAGUCUCCGGAUCCAGAUGAGAGAUCUCCCCGGUGGAGCUCAAACGCUUUUACGCAGCCAGUCCCCGGAGCGCAGCGCCGCCGACGCCAGCUGUUACCCGCACCGGACAGGAGCGGAGCGACCGUCCGUUCCCUCACCCGCGACUUGUCCGUUUCCCUCGGAUCCCGUGCGUCAGGCUAAGAGGCUUCCCAUCCGGAUCGUCAGGAUGUUGACGGCGCACAGCGGCCACUUGCUGCACCCGGAGUAUCUCCAGCCCCUCACAUCCGCGCCAGUCAGCAUCGAACUGGAUGCCAAGAAGAGUCCUUUGGCUCUGCUGGCCCAGACCUGCUCUCAGAUUGGCAAACCUGACCCCCCCUCUUCCUCAAAGUUGGCCGCCCUCUCCUCAGGCAGCCUGGGAGACAAGGAGUCAUCCAGCCGCUCAUCCAAGUCUGGAGAGCAGCACCAGUCCCCUGAGGACAAAUCCAGCUUCAAGCCUUACUCCAAGUCAUCAGGCGGUGACAGUCGCAAGGAUGUUCUAGUGACAAAGGGGCCUUCUGAUAAACAAGCUUUCAGGGUGCCAAAUGGAAACUCCAGUGGUGGCAGUGCUUCGUGUCAAUCCUUUCCCCCCCAUUCCCAGUCACCCAACUCCAGCUCUCCUCCACUGCACACCCAGAGCCAGCCCCACAGACAAAGCCAUUCCCCCUCCACGCAGCCCCCAUCACACUCACAACCCCCACACAUGGACAACAAACCCGGGAGCUCAGAGCUGGCCAGCUCGGACACCAACCACAGCAGUGCUGGCAAAAAAGACUCCGAUGUGGCUAAAUCAGGGAUGGAUGGGGCUCAGUUAGCCAACUCAAGCCACGUACGGGCCAGUGCCAACUCCAGCAAUGCUAGCUCUGCCAGCAGCCCGCGGCCGGAGAGCAAGGCCGACCUGCAGGCAUCUUCACAGUCUGGCCUGGGCUCAGGGCACAUUGCUCCUGUCUCCCCUUUUAAGCCAGGACACUCUGUCUACCCCUUGCCUCCUGCUUCAAUGGGCUACCAUGGCUCGAUUGUCGGAGCCUACGCUGGCUACCCCUCCCAGUUUGUUCACAGUUUGGAUCAUACCAAGUCUAGUUUGGGGAUUGGACUUCAGGGGAAGCACCCCAGCUCAAGCCCCCUCACUGGAGCCUCACCUCCAUCUUUAAUGCAGGGCUUAUGUCGGGACCCAUACUGUCUGACUUACCCCAAUGCACAUCAUCUAGGAGGCAGUAACUGCAACACCUGUGUUCACGAUCCCUCAAACUUUAAGUCUGGUUUCCCCUUGGUUUACCCUUCACAUCAUCUUCACUCCUUGCAUUCCAGCGCUCUGUCCUCCAGCACCAACCCCUCCCUUUCCCACCCCCUCUACACGUAUGGUUUCAUGCUCCCCAAUGAACCUCUGCCUCACGCCUGUAACUGGGUGUCUGUUGGAGGUCCUUGUGACAAGCGUUUUUCCACAUCAGAGGAGCUACUAGCACACCUGCGCACCCACACCGCCCUGCAUGGGAUGGUGGACAGUAAGCUGUUGUCAGCUUACCCGUCAUCGGUUUCAUCGACAGCCUCUUGCCACCUGCACCUGCCCCCACACAGCAGCCCAGGUACUCUGCCCGGUUCCUUCUCCCUCCGAGGCUCCCCUGGUUUGAGCCUGGCUCGGUACCAUCCCUACAGCAAAUCCCACCUGCCCGGAGCCCCAGGACUUCAUAUGCCUUCCCUCGCCUCCUCCUCAGCGUAUUACUCCCCCUAUGCCCUCUACAGUCAGAGACUGGGCUCAGCCUCAGCCCUUGGAUACCAGUGAUGUCUGAAAUAAUGGCGAUAACAGUGGACUCUUCAGAGCAGCCAUGAAGAAGAAUUCUCGAGACUGGGGUCAUGACCAGUACAGGACAUUACGCCUGCCAGGACUAGCACCUGUUAGCCUCAGGAUUGUGAUUGGGUCACUGUUGGAUUGUCCACAGCACAGAACCAAGAGACUUAAGUACUAAAGAUGGUGGGGAGCAGAGCUUGAAAAUUAUGAAUUUGUGGGAUUUUUUUUUUUCAACAGUUUGAUUUGUUUGUUUGAUUCGUAUUUCUCUAUAUCUGUCUCCCAGAACUGAAAGUCUGUAUUUAUUUUUCACUCAAGCGCUUGGUAUUCAACUCUGGGGGGAACUUUUGCUGUCCAAAUAAAUUGUUCUUAAGUAUUCUAACUGAAAAAGAAUGAUUUAAGUAUAGUACCAUUAUGCCUAUCAUACACACUAAAAAUAAAAAUCUUGCACCAUGAUGACGAUGGACUAUGAGGCUUUAUUCUGGGAAUCUGUUUAUAUCUCCUUUCUUUUCUGCUGUUGUUUUUUUUUCCCUUCAUAUUCUACUGUACAUUCAAAUUCUGGAGGAGUGCAUGUCCAUGAAAGUUAUCUUGAACAAUGUCAUUAUUUUUAUUUGUAAAUAUGCAAAGAUGUAAUAUUUUUUCAAUUUUACUUGGGGUCAGCAAUUUGGGGUCAACUAAUGCAAAUGGUACAAAGAUAAGAUAAAAUGACAUAAAUAAAAACGAUUAAUGAUGGCUGUGCUAUCAAACCAACAGGAAAGGGUCUUAUUUUGUCUAAUAAACGAUACAUGAUUUUGA